CUCGUCAUCUCUCCUCAGCAUCUGUCCGCUUGUUUAUUCCUCAACUUUAGCCGCUUUUCUCCCGGUUUAAUCCGACCGUCGCUUCAUGUAGCAGCGGUUCGGGCCGUGUGACCGUCGCACUGACGGCUGCGCUUCACGUUCCGCCCUCUGACAUCCGAACUGCGACUCUUUUCCAUUCAGAACCGAGUCAGAGCAGCCGAGCUAGCCGCUGCUAGCUAGCAGGCUAACAGCUGUUUGGAGACUAGCGUCGCUGUGAGGAGCCAAGCAGCUCAAAGGUUCUAUGACCUAUGACUGUCUGCCCCGAUUAGAGGAUGUAUUCACCUUCCAGAAAGGACUUCAUCUCUCUGACGCUCAGUGACGCGCACAGUCACACCUACAACAACGGGAAACACCGGCGGCAGUCCUGCUGGAGGAAAUGGAAGCAGCUGUCUCGGCUCCAGCGAAGCCUCAUCCUGUUCCUGCUGGCUCUGCUGCUCAUACUAGGACUGCUCUCCUACCCCAGCAUCAGAGAGCAGUGGAGAGGGCUGUCCGACAGGGAGGACUGGCUGGAGGUCAAUGACAGAGACAUGAAGGCCGUCCCUCCUGGUGUGAAGCCAGCGUUGGAUCCGGCUGCAGGUGACCAGCCUCCAGCUCCUGCCGCUGGGCCACAUCUGGAGCCAGCUGUGCAUCCGGACGUUGUAGUGGAGCCCAAAGGACCAAAUGUCCCCAUUUUGCCGAAACCUCCCACCAAGAAAAAGACAUUUCCCAACAAAAGAGGUCCACCGAACCUGCAGAAAGAUGGAAAUGCUUCAGACACAGUCGGCGGGGAAAAGAAAGAACAAGAGGUGGUUCGAGAGGAAGAAGGCGAAGAGGAGGGCAAAGAGAAGAAGAUUGUCAGCUGGAGAGGAGCGAUGAUCGAAGCCGACCAGGCCACGGAGCCGCCGCCGUCAGCCAAUGAGAAAGAAGCUGCAGUCCCUCCAGCGGCCGUGAACCCUGCCGACACCGUCCCGCUGGAAGUUUCUACUGCAGCUCCAGACCGACUGGAGGCCGUACGUGAUGCCUUCAGACACGCGUGGAAAGGCUACAAGAACCACGCCUGGGGGCACGACGAGCUCAAACCCAUCUCCAAGUCUUUUGGUGAAUGGUUCAGUCUGGGCCUGACGCUGAUCGAUUCAUUGGACACCAUGUGGAUUAUGGGCCUCAAAGAAGAGUUCGCAGAAGCAAAGGACUGGAUAGAGAAGGAGCUGUCCUUCAGCAAGAACGUGGACGUGAAUCUUUUUGAGACGACCAUACGCGUCCUCGGGGGGCUGCUGAGCACCUACCAUCUAACAGGAGACCAACUGUUCCUGGAGAAAGCUAAAGAUCUGGGGUCCAGAUUGAUGCCCGCCUUCAAAACGCCCUCAAAGAUCCCGUUCUCGGACGUCAACAUCGGCAAAGGGACGGCGCACCCUCCGAGGUGGACGUCGGACAGCACGCUGGCAGAGGUUACGAGCAUUCAGCUGGAAUUCAGAGAGCUGAGCCGCCUCACCCAGGAGCCACAGUACCAGGAGGUUGUCAAUGAGGUGAUGAAGAUGGUCCACAAGCUGCCCGGAAAGCACGACGGCCUGGUGCCCAUGUUCAUCAACACCAACAGCGGCCAGUUCACCCACAAAGGAGUGUUCACGCUCGGUGCCAGAGCCGACAGCUACUACGAGUACCUGCUCAAGCAGUGGAUCCAGGGAGGCAAAACAGAAGACGAUUUGUUGCAGGACUACCUUCAGGCCAUAGAGGGAGUGAAAAAACACCUUCUGAGAAAGACGGGGCCCAACAUGUUGACCUUUGUUGGAGAGUUGUCCAACAACCGCUUCAACGCUAAGAUGGAUCACCUGGUGUGUUUCCUGCCAGGGACUCUGGCUCUGGGGGCCCACAACGGCCUCCCGGGAGACCACAUGGAUCUGGCUGUGCAGCUGAUGGAGACCUGCCACCAGAUGUACGUUCAGAUGGAGACCGGACUGAGCCCCGAGAUCGCACACUUCAGCCUGCAGUCCACCGACGGGCGAGAUGUCAUCGUCAAGCCUGCAGACAGACACAACCUGCUGAGACCAGAAACGGUGGAAAGUCUGUUCUACAUGUACAGAUUCACCAAGGACACCAAGUACAGAGACUGGGGAUGGGACAUUCUGCAGAGCUUCAAUAAAUACACAAAGGUCCCCGACGGCGGCUACACGUCCAUCAACAACGUCCGCGACCCCGCCAACCCCGGGCCUCGGGACAAGAUGGAGAGCUUCUUCCUGGGCGAGACGCUCAAGUACUUGUACCUGCUCUUCUCCGACGACGUGGAGCUGCUCAGUCUGGACAAGUACAUCUUCAACACGGAGGCCCAUCCUCUGCCCAUAUGGCCGUCCCCGCCCAAGUGAAGUCGCUGUACAGGAGGCGUCUGUAAAGAAUCGGGACCACAGAGUCGGGUGCGUCUGAAAGCAACCGUCCAGGCUCAUGAAGCAGAUCUGUGCUGUCCACCUGUGCUUUGAUAUGUGAAGGAGUUUUGUUGUAAUUUUUGUUUGUUUGUUUUUCUUUAUUUUUCCUAAGGAAAAGGUUCGUGACAGAGCUGGUCUCUCAUGUAAAAUUUUUUAAAGAAUCAGAUGAGGCGAGCUGGCACACUUAAUAACCGGGUGAAUGGGAUGCUUUGUGUCUGUUUGAAUCCUAAUUUUUCCUACAUUAUCUGUCUGCGAAGGAACAAAUUCAUUGCGUUAAAUCACUGAUGUUUGAAGGUGCAAUAGGCGGUGAUGAGAGUAAAAGGAGUCUAUCAGCUGCAUUUAUAUUGAACAGAUUUUAUUUGUCUUACAUUGGCGCUUUCUCACAUAGAAAAAAAAAAAGAGGCAAAAAUCCCUCAGGACCUCUGUUUCUUCUAUAACUGCAUCCGAAGGGUUUUUAGCAGAUUCAGUGCAGCACCAAGGGACCAGAUCAGUGCCUCACGUAAAUGUGAAUUAUUCCUAAUGCCCGACAUGCAUGUCUUUUAUAGAAUAAAGACGUCAAGUAAAGCACUAGGACGUCUAUGGCUAGCUGUAAUGAUUUAAAACCAUAUUGGUGGUAUAAUUAAUGAAGGCCUGCUCUGCUGUUUGUGUCCAGCUUCCAGGUGUGGAGUUUAUCAGACUUCCAUCCUCUUGCACUUUUAGGCCACCAGAUUAAAGCAACAAUAGUUCUAUUGAUCAUUGUUACCAAAAUGGAACAAACUAAUAUAUUGCGCUUUGUGCGGCAUCGAUUUUGGAGCUUUAGAUUCUUUAGGAUCCUGAAAAAUAAAAAAAGUUAAAUAAGGUAAA